UUCCUGUCGUUGCCUUCCUAGCUUGCCUGCUUUGAGGCUUUGGUUAGAUUUCAGUUAUGCUUUUGAAGGUUAUCGCUCUGUUUCUCUUCGUCGAUGUUGCGGCGUCCCAAGUCGACAGUUUCAACUUCACUGAACUCUACAACCUGAGUGGUGGAGCAUCGAUCACACCGACAGGCCAUCUUAGGCUGACCGACGGCACAAAUUUUGAGCGUGGUUAUGCUUUCUACUCUGUUCCCCUUAGCUUCAAGAACCCUUCAAAUGGUAGUGCUUUCUCUUUCUCUACUACAUUUAUCUUCGCAAUCGGCCUUGAUCACGGUACCUUUAAAGGACACGGUAUGGCAUUCGUCAUCUCCCCUUCAAAUAAUCUCCCUGGAGCCUUUCCUUCCCAAUAUCUGGGCCUCUUCAAUCAUACCAACGAUGGGGAUCCAUCCACUCAUGUCGUCGCAGUCGAACUUGACACCGUCAAGAACCCGGAGUUCGAUGAUAUUGUCCGUAACCAUGUCGGAAUUGAAAUCAAUGGAUUAACGUCUAUCAAGUCCUCUCCCGCUGGUUAUUUUUCCGACAGAAAUGGAGGAUUCAACAACUUGACUUUAAUUUCUCGUGAGCCGAUGCAAGUUUGGGUGGAGUAUAAUGGCAUAGAAAACAAUUUGAAUGUAACGAUAUAUCCAAUCGGUGUACCAAAAACCAACCGCCCGCUUUUGUCUUUGUCCAUCGAUCUUUCAUCUAUCAUCUUGGAUUCCAUGUAUGUUGGUUUUUCUUCAGCUACGGGUGUUCUUGUUGCAUCUCAUUAUGUUCUUGGAUGGAGUUUUCAGAUGAAUGGAGAAGCUCCAGCUAUUAAUGUUUCAAGCCUUGCUUCUCUUCCUUGGAAUGAAAGAUCUAGAAAGAAAUCAAAGGUUCUGAUCACGGUUGCAUUGCCUGUAAUCAUAGCAGUUGUUGUCUUGAUUACCAUCUUAGGUAUUGUCUUUAUCAUUAGAAGGAAGAAGAAAUCUGCUGAAGUGCUUGAAGAUUGGGAGCUUGAUAAUGGACCCCACAGGUUCUCGUACAAGGAUCUAACCAUUGCCAUGAGGGGCUUCACAGAUAAAGAGCUUCUGGGUACAGGAGGUUUUGGUAAGGUGUAUCGAGGCAUCUUGCCAAUAUCCAAAAUCGAAGUUGCAGUGAAAAGAGUCUCUCAUGAAUCGCGACAAGGGAUGAGAGAGUUUGUAGCGGAGGUCGUGAGCCUUGGCAGGCUUAAGCACCGGAACUUGGUGCAACUCCUUGGCUAUUGCCGCCGCAAGCAGGAGCUUCUGUUGGUUUAUGAUCUCAUGCACAACGGUAGUCUUGAUAAAUUCCUCUUUGAUCAACCCCAAAUGAUCCUUGACUGGAGUCGAAGGUAUGAAAUCAUCAAAGGAGUAGCUUCAGGGCUUCUCUAUUUGCAUGAAGAUUGGGAGCAAGUCGUUAUUCAUCGAGACAUCAAAGCUAGCAAUGUUUUAUUAGAUGGAGAAAUGAAUGGACGGCUUGGUGACUUCGGCCUAGCGAGAUUAUAUGGUCAUGGAUCCAUUCCUCAAACUACCCGUGUUGCUGGGACCAUCGGCUAUCUUGCACCGGAACUCACUAAAACUGGUAAGGCCACCAAAAGCACUGAUGUAUUCGCUUUUGGAGUCUUCUUGCUUGAGGUCGCUUGCGGGAAAAGGCCAACAGCAGAGGAGUCGAUCUUGGUGGAUUGGGUAUUGGAAUGUUGGAGGAGAGGGGCGAUAUUGGAUGCUGCAGACCCGAAAUUGGAAAGUGGUUAUGUGGUGGUUGAAAUGGAGUUGGUCAUGAAGCUUGGCUUGCUUUGUUCGCACCCUCAUUCGAUGGCUAGGCCCACCAUGCGACGAGUCGUGCAAUAUUUGGAUGGUGACGCACCUCUCCCAGAACUGCUACCGGAUGAUUUCAUUGUUAGCGUUUUAAUAUUGGGCCGCGAUGAAGGUUCUGUUGAUCACAUGCUACCAUAUCUUUCUUCGAUUCAAGCAUCAAUUCUCUCAAGUGGCCGUUGAUUUAUGCAACUUUCAAUGUUUGUAACCAUCGUCUGAUCAGCUUAGUUUGAUAAAUAAUGUGAUUUUUAUUACGCUUUUCUUUUCUUUGUAAUAGGUGUUCAUCCCGUUGUUGUCAACUCUUGCAAAAGCCAGUGAGAGUAAGUUAGGAGUGAUUUA